UCUGCAACAGUCCAUGUGGUUUUGUUGACGGUGACUUUCGUCAAAAUGUCUCUUUUUAAAGUUGGUCGAAAACAGAAUGAAAAAGUUAACCUCAAGCGAACUAAAGGUGCUCCAAAGGCGAACAUUAAACCAAGUAAAGAGGCCAAGGUAGAGGACGACAACAUUGAUAGCGAUGAAGAGCUGCUCAAGGAGCAACACAAAUUUCGCGAUGUGGAAGAUGAUAUGGCCACGCUCGAAACAACGCAGGACAAGCGUAUCCGUUUGGCCAAACAGUAUUUGCGUCACGUACAGGAGCAACAGCAAGACCGAGAGGAGUAUGAGGACGAAACCGAACUUACGAGGGGCAUGGCCCGUUCGCUGAAGGAAAGCUACCUCAGUAGCACUGGCAAAACGUACCGACCACUUGCUGCCAAGCUGACUAACUUCGAUCUUGACAAUGCCACCACUCUCCACUGGAAAAUGCAACGGCUUUCCCCAACAUGCUGCACGCUUUCGGAAAACAAUGCAGCACUUUACGUUGGCUGCAAGAGCGGAUGGAUUGUACGGUGGGACCUGAAGAGCGCCAAACGUACAGCUAGUUUCCACGUCAAGAAUUGCAAUGUGAAAUCGCUGAGCGUGUCCCAUGAUAUGAAGUACCUCGCGGUUGCAGACGGUACGGAGGAAAUCAAAAUUCUCGAUGGCACUAGCCUGGUACAGUUGAAUACUUUGAACGGUCAUUCGAAAGCCGUCAACGGUGUGGUAUUUCGAAAGGGUACCUAUCAACUGUACUCGUGCAGCGCUGACCGCACGGUGAAGGUGUGGAGUUUGGAUGAGAUGGUCUACAUUGAAACCUUGUACGGACACCAAAGCGAGGUGUCGGGAAUCGAUGCCCUGUCGAUCGAGCGAAUCGUAACAUCAGGAGGCAUGGACCAAUCCCUGCGCGUUUGGAAAGUGGCGGAAGAAACGCAACUCGUAUACAACGCAUUAACCGAGGACUUUUCGGCUGUGAAGUUUGUAAACACAGAACUGUUCAUUUCUGGUUCAAUCGAGGGGUCACUGUGUUUGUGGAGCUGCGCCAAGAAGAAGCCACUACACCGCAUUGUACUGGCUCAUGGCGAGGAAGACGUCGGGCAUCCGAACUGGAUCAGCAGUGUCGGCGUACUAGCAAACUCGGACGUAAUUGCAUCAGGAUCGUGCGAUGGUUUUGUACGCGUGUGGAAGCUUGCUAACAAACGGCGUUCCAUCGAACCAUUGUUAACGAUCCCGGUUGUCGGUUUUAUCAAUGCGAUCGAAUUUACCAGCGAUGGACGGUUUCUGAUCGUAGCCGUCGGACAAGAACACCGGCUCGGCCGCUGGUGGACGUUACGAAACGCAAAGAACCGGACACUGGUGAUUCCAUUGUCCAUUGAUGUUUAAAUGAAACUCAUAAACUGGUCCUUUCAAUUCGUUUCUAUUAAAGUAGGGUGGAGAAUGAUGAAUUCAAUAAAUUACGCCGUAAUUCAACUCAUGGUUUAUUUGAUACGUGGUGUAACAGAG